AUACAGAGAUGGCUGAGAAUCCCCCCGAGCAGGUACCGCCAGAAGUUCCUGUCGAGGAGGCUUCAGCUGGAGAGGACUUUUCCCAAAUGGUGGCCACGGUUGCUGAGGAGGCAGCACAAGGCCAGGAAGAGAGCGACCAUGCAGCGGUUACGGGAGACGUUUCUGAAGGCGAUGAAGGGGAGACGGUGGAGCCGGGCAUCGAUGGUGAAAUCCCAGAGGAAGGGGACCAAGCUCUGGCCAAGCCCCAGGGUCUCGUACCCUCCGAUGAUCGAAAGCGCGAGAAGCUUUUAAAGGUGAAGAAAAUGCUCGAGAAGGACAAGGCAGCUACUCUGCCGACCACUCCGGCGACUCCGGCAACUCCUGCUAAGCUGGAUGAGGAGCAGGAUGACGAGCCAAAGGAGAACUAUCAAAGAGAUUCCGUCCAGGUGUACCAAUCGUUGGAGUCCGGUGGCGAAGAGUCCGCCGAUGACUUCGAAGACAUAAAGCUCAUCCUCAACGAAAAGGUUCCAUCUCCGGAUGAGGAGAUGGAGCAGUUUGAGGACGACGUGGAGUCGGUCGCCAGCGUGGAAACGCCCCGGCCCAGGCUGGGAAUGUCCCUGAAGACGGAGUUUCUUCGCGAGUUCGAAAGCCUGCCCAGCAUCUCGGACAUAUCGCUCGAUCCGGAGCCGCAAUCGGAGCCCGAGCCCGAACCUCUGGCCGAUGUCCAGAAAAAGUCGUACAGCUCACCGGACGCCGGUCACUUUGGUGAGGGCACGGAAAAUGCGGAAGAAGGCGAGUCGAAAUCUUCGAGUUCCAGUAGAGAUGACAGCACUGCUGCGGUGGCGGUGGCCGAGUCCGAUGAGGAAAGCGACGGCUCGGUAAUGUUGGACGACCUGCCCGAGGAACUGGGUCCGGGGGCCAAGCAGGUGGUCAUCGGUGACGAAGUGGACACCAUGGCCAUGUUCGCCGUGGCCGUGGCAGCGGAUGUCGAUGCGCAGCCGGAAGUGACGAUCCCGAUCGAGGAGCCCUUCUGGUAUCGCCUCACUGCCGAUUUCCUGGAGAAUCUAAUCGCCACCGUGGUGGCCAAUGUGGAGAACAACGACAGGAACAGGGAGCUGAAACUGGACAAGGGCAAGAUGCUGGUGGAACUGCAACGCCUGGUGGACGAAUACAAUUGCGAGAGGCACCAGAACUCCUUGAUAAACAAUGCCGUCUGCGAAUACUUUCGACGCAUUCGCAAGUUCAACAAUUUCCAGGUGCUGCCGCCAGAGGAUGCCUUUCAGGAGUUCUCGCGUUAUAGCCACACGCUCAACCAGGUCGACAGCCUGGUGGAGCGGGUGAAGAUGGUCAAGAUCAAGCAUGGCCACACCGUGUCACGCGCGAUGCUGGAGCUCAACUCGCUGGCCAGGCUCGCCUUCAACGAGGAGCAGCGCCUGGAGGGAUUCAUGCGCAAGACCCUCAUCCGGCGGGACAUGGAUCGGCUGAAGCGCGCCCUGGACAACGAUCUCAGGCGCAUGCAGGAUCUGCGCAACCAGGUCAGCGAGAAGCGCCACGAACUCAACCUGAACCUGCACAACCUGGCAUUUGUCGAUGAGAAAGUAACGAAUUUUGAGAAGAUCACCGACACUUUAACAAUUUCUCAAAUGCUGUGCGCCAACGAAUCCAUUAUUCAAUUGGGCAAACAACUAGAGGAAAAGUGCAAGGAUGUUUCGGUCAUGCAGUCAAACUACAAGAAGUCGAUGAUCGAGGAGACGUGCGUCCGGGAGAAGCGGGACAUGAUCGCCUAUAUGCUGAAGACGGCCAGGAGCGAGUACGACGUUCGGUUCGAGCGGCGGAACCGGCUGCGCCAGGAGCUGACCCGGCUCCAAUUGGAGCACGCCAAGCUGAAGACCAAGCGCGCCAAGCUGGAGGCCAAGGGCGGGCUGCUCUUCAAGGUGGCCCUGAUGUACGACUACGACCAGUGCGUGGCCGACAUCAAGGCACGGCGCAGCCACAUUCAGGCCAUGAAGAAGACCAGUGCCGAGCUGACCAAAACCCUUUACAAUGUGGAGCACGAGAAGCGCAAGUCCAGUAUUUCGAUACGCCGUCUUACUUAAUUGCGCUCCAUUUGUAAUUUUCUAUUUUCACUAUAAGACAAAAAUAAAUUUGUGUGCAUCUUA